GAAACAAUGACACACAAUACAUAAGUUGAUUAAGGUCGUGUUCAAGCUUAAACGUUGAAACGCUUGUUUACUACAUAUUUAGAGACAUGGUUUAUUGAUGUGCACAGAAGUUGUACUCAAGAAUAAAAAGAUGUGUUUGAUGCUUGUGUUAAUUUUAACGUUGCUUCACACUACCUCAACAAGUUAUAUAUUGCCACAGACAGCAGGGUGCAAUCAACCACUUGGAUUAGAGAACGGUUAUAUAACUGAAAGUCAAAUCACAUUUUCGGGGAAUGCAGAAGGCAACGAAGCCUCAAAGGUUAAGUUAAAUGCAGCUGGAGGAUACUGUAUUCCCUUUAGAAAUAAAGUAAUGUUUAUCGAGAAUGAAUACAUGACGAUAAAGCUUAGCAAAUCACAUCGUAUAACUGGUUUCGUUAUACAAGGUUAUGAUCGCAACCACUAUGGUAGUCGACUAAGAGUUUAUUAUAAUACAACGAAUCAUGGUUUUGUAAUUUACCAUAAAGAAAUAACCCUGCUAGAUCAACAAAACAUUGCCACAGAGUUUGUAGUGUUCACAACACCGUUCACUACAAAUGCAAUCAAGAUACAGCUGCAAGCUGCAAGAUCAAAAACAUGCGCAAGAUUUGAAAUAUAUGGUUGUGUUGCUGCUAGCCAUCAAACUUUUCCCAAAUUUCAAGAAUGUUCGCAGACAGACACUGGUCUUAUAACGCAACAUUUAGGCAAGAUGCUCUUCACACAAUCCAGUCACUCGAUACAAACACCAUCAUUCUCUGCAGAGCACCUACCAUUUAAACAGGUUUUUGCAUGGUGUUUAAAAAAAGAAAGUAUAUCAUCGUCUUACAAAGAUUGGGCUUCUGUCAAUCUUAAGACAACCCAUUUGAUAUAUGGCCUCCGCGUAGACGGUUAUAGAGAAAAAUUGGAUGAACCAAGCAACUUAUAUUUGGCAACGUUUUUUAAGUUCCAGUAUAGUUUAGAUUCCAAGACUUGGGCCUAUUGCAAAGGAGGACAGGAUUUGAAAAGUUCUGAUUACAGCAUAAAAAAUGGAAAUAAGUUGUUGUUCAAUGUUCCACUUCUUGCAAAAUAUAUUCGAAUCAGGAUGAAAAUUGAUAGUGUAGACCUCACAUGCAUCAAACUUCAAGUUUAUGGUUGUCCAACUAUAAAGGCAACAGAAACAACAGCCUCGUCAACUUCUUCACCAACAACAACAAAGUCAUCUUUAAGAUUUGCGAAAGUCUUAUCUUACUCAAUACCACAAGGCAACAAAUUUAAUGAUACUGUUUACCUAAGAGAUGACAAGUACACUGGAACUGAAAACAACAACAAUAUUUUAAUCAAUGGAAAUGGAGGUUGUCUAACUGAUGAUUCAGCAAUUUUAGACCCAAUGAAAUCAUCGCGUUGUUGGGUCGGUUGGAACAAAAAUGAAACAGAAAUAUGCUUCGUUGACAUAAAGUUGCCUAGUGACACAAUAAUCAAAGGGUUUCAAAUCACUGCUUAUGAAUCCACUCAACAUUAUUUUGGUCCCAUUUCGUUCUUCAAGAUUCUGAAUCGUGAAGAAGGUAGUGAUAAUUUAACUCUUGUUGGUUUCUCUUGCAUUGCAACAGAAAAGCAAAGAACUGGCAUUGUCAACUAUACUUGGUCUAUCCCAGAGUUAAAAACCGAGAAUAUUCGUAUCGUUAUGAAUUACACAUCUUAUUGGUUGGUCAUAAGACAAAUCAGUGUGCUGAAGUCAAAACCUCAACAAGAUGACUUUAUCAUAACCAAGGACAUAUCCAAGUGCAUUGCCAGUCAAAAGAAAAGAGACAAAGUUGAAGAAAAUUCCUCUUCCAGCAGCAUUCCGUUGAUGAUUGGAAUAAUCGUUGCUAUCCUUUUCGUUGUUGUUGUUGCGGUGGUCAUCUUAUUAUUCAUACGGAAAAGAAAAAAGUCUGAAAAAGAUUCUGUAGCUGAUAAGAGAAUGUCAAUACUAGAAAAGCAAGGGGAACUAGGGGAAAUAUGAAGCUUUGUCGCGAACGUUGCCAAAUGCUAUGUAUUGUAACAGAUGAUUACAUAUUGUUGAUGCUAGUACCGAAUCAACAGUCACGAAUAGCUUCGCAUUAUUACAAAAUGUAUUGCAAAUUUUAAUGCUUUAACUAAAGUAUGUCAAAGUGUGUAAAAAAUUAUAGCCAUUAAAAUUAUUUAUUAAAAUAAAA